AUGUCCGACGCCGACCUCGAGCAAAUCAGGCAAGCCCGUCUGCAACAACUGCAGCAGCAAGGUGGUGGAGGCCGUGGCAGCCCCAGCGGCGAAGGCUCAGAGCAAGACCAGCGGAGACAACAAGAAUCGGACCAGCGCCAGCACAUCCUCUCGCAGAUCCUGACGCCCGACGCCGCCGACCGCCUCGGGCGCAUCAGGCUGGUCAAAGAGUCGCGCGCGACAGACAUUGAGAACCGGCUCAUCAUGCUGGCGCGCACGGGCCAGAUACGGCAGAAGGUGUCCGAGGAUCAGUUGAAGGAUAUCCUGGGCGCCGUGGCGGAGCAGAAUGAGAAGGAGGAGAGCAAGAUUGUGGUGAAUAGGCGUGGUGGCGGCGGGUGGGAUGAGGAUGAGGAGUUGGAGGAGCUGAUGAAGGAUGUUUGA